AUCCCACAACUCUUUCCAAUAAACUGAAAUAUCUUAACCUUUUCAUUUUUAUGUAUAAUAGUAAUUUUAACAACCGUUAUAUACUUUUCUUUUAACCUUAAAACCUCUAAAACUUCAAUUAAAAAAAACAUUUUUGAAAAAGAGUGAAAAUGAUAA